AUGUUCCACAACUUGUCCAUUGUUCUGGAAGCCGGCUUCGGAACGGGGCGCGCCCGUCUUGAGGUUAUAUCUGGCCAGGAGAUCUUGGAGGUCCUUGGGCCUGAAAGCAUCUGUGAUCAUGCAACUGAUGGCCAGCCGUGCAUUCCGGCACUGUGGAUUGGCUCGCCGUGCAACGUCACCAAAGCUGAUGUCCAACGGUGGUUCUUGAGACCGCUGUCGCCAGGCAUUGUAUCCAUGGCAAUUUGGGAUCCAGACCUUCUGGGCGCACGGCCGCAACGCCUUGAGAUGGCUUUCCGUGCAGCCAAGCAGCUAGAUGUGGGGCUACUCGGUGAGGAGGCUCCAGCAGAUGGGGUGACCGUCCUUUUAGUGCAAGGGGCACGGAGGCAGCUGCAAGUGGACAUCCGAGACGCAGAGGGCGAGGCCUUGGAUAUGGUGAAUUGGGCAGCUCUGGGAUUGAAGAUAAAGAGCAGUGACCCAGGAGCUUUCGAGGUCCAGGAAAGCACCACAAGGUGCGGUGUCUUUGCCACACUCCUGGCAUUUAUCGGCUGUCGGAUCAUGACGCGAGCCUUUCCAAAGCUUGGGGCUGUGAUCAUUUAUCCUUUGUUGCCUGGGCCUAGGUUUGACAUCAUCUUGAAGGACAUCGUGGUCAUGCCUGGCCAAGCCUUUGAGCUCGUUUUCAAGGGAGGUCCUCCUCGAAGCGACGAUAGAACUUUCUUCCGCUUCGCAUCCAGUGCUCCGAGCAUCGCAAGCAUGGAUCAGGACGUUGGCCUCGUUAUUGCCUUGAGUCCCGGAACUGCGGAGCUCUCUGUGCAGCUUCUUGAGCGACACACAGGCCGCGAAAUUGCCCGUGCAGGACGCCUCAGCAUCUGUAGAUGA